GUUCUUUUUAACCAUCAAAGCGGUCAGUUUUCAAACAAAUCGUGUUUCAUCCAAGUUAGAAGUUGCGAAAGAGAAAAGUAAAAAUAUGACGGGCAUCUUGAGAACUAUUUUUUUAGUUUCUAUCGCAGCAACACUUUUAGCAUCGAAUUCCGCUGUUGCAAGAAGUCGCUGGACAAGGGAUAUUUUACCUCCAAAUAAUGGCGGAGAGUUUCUUGGUACAUACUCUUCGUUUCACAGACCGUGGUAUGGAAAACGCCGUGAAUUUGAAUCAGAGAAAAAGGUAUUUGCUUUGAUAGGUUGUGUCACUUUGAAAAAAAGUAUAGAAAAUAAUUUUGUUGAAGUGCAAUGGUUCUAAUAAUUUGUUCCCUGUCUGGAAAAUAAAAGUGUUCCGCGUCACGAGACAAUGAUAAGUAGUACGGAACAAUUCUAAAAAACUGAAUUGGAAAAAAGGGUGUUUGCUUUGAAAAAUUGUGCCUCUUAACCAAAAAGGAACUUGAAUGGAAAAGCUCAAACAGUUUGAAAUAUCCGUGCUUGGAAAUAAUCCAGCAUAACACUUAAAUUGUGUCUUACGUUCUGUUAUUUUGGUUAAAAAAUUAAGCAAUGGGAGCGUUAUAAUUUCACUUUUAAAUAAAAUACCACUGAUAUCAUAUUUGUACUGAUGUCUGGCAUUCUAGGAAGUUAUACACUGGAUUUGAAUUGCACAAGGACAAAAUUUGAGUACGAAAAAUGUUUAGCAUAUAAAUAACCAAUUUUUUUGUGAAUAUAAUUGUUCAAAUUGUGGCUUCAAUCAUGGGUUUAACUGUCUCAUCAAGAUUGUCAAAAACAAAGAUUAACAUUGAAAUAAGGUCAACUGGAUCGCCAAUUUAAAAGUCGCCUGACCGCAUAAACCAAACAUUUUCCACAGUUUUUUUUCAUGUCGCGUGCAAUAUUUGAAGGUUAGAAAACUGUAGAAUUUUCUCCUUUGUUUGGAACUAAAGUAAAAACAUGUUAUGGACGAAAAAAUUUACCCUUUCAAUGUUAUUUACAAUGUGAAAUUUAUAAAAUUUUGCGUUUAUUAAAGUCAUCCGUGGCUUUGUCAAUGUCAUCGGUAAUCUCACUCGUGAUAGAGAAGUUAACGUAUUUCUGAAUUAGUCAAAGUCAUCCGUUUAUCAUUAUUCUUGGUGGAACAAUUAAAACUACCUGACAUGUUUUUAUCUUAAUUAUUAGUCAUUUGUCGUAUUUUAUUCAUCCGUUUCCCGAUUUCCCCCGCCCUUAAUAACUUGUAGAUAAGUUUGGGCGGAAGAAGGGUGAUCCAAUUUAGAAGAAGAAAAAACAAUAUUUACCGAAGUAGUUGUUGAAUCAUGUGAACACGACAAAAACCUGUCCAUUUUUAAAGACAAUGGAGAGAGAGUUUUUUUUUUCUCUCCUUCUCAAAAUACAGUUAUGGUCAUCGGGAAACAGUUACAAGGUCCUAAUUUUAAACAGUGAUUAUUGAAACACCGCAGUUUCAUUACGACAUGGAACCUCAAAGUUUCAAGGAAACAAGUGCAAUUAAGAGGCAGGUUAAAAUAUUAGGCGGAAUGCAAGGGUAGACCUCCUAGAAUCAAGAAAUCUCUUACAAUUUGUUAACAUGUCAAUAGAAGAGCAAAAAGGCUGUCUAGAUAAACGCAUAAAAGUAGGCUGAGCUUGAGAAGGACACAUGCGAUCAUUAAUGUUAUUUUUAAGGGGGCUUUUGUUAAUCAAAUCAUUUCAAAAGUCAUCCCGCUGUCCGGUCGAUCCUGUUUGAAACCAAUUUUUUUUAUCUCCAUGAGGCAAUUCAGGGAAGAUAAUUCUAUUCCUCUUUCUAUCGCCAAUGUUAUAGUACAUUUAUCGACCAAAACAUCAUAAUUCUAUGAGCAUGGCGUUUUUAUUGGUUUAUUUAUCUGUUGCAAAUAUGUUUUAGACAAUUUAAUUUUCUUAGACGUCUUCAGAUGAUGAAUAUUGAGCACGCGGUUUUUUGCGAAACGGAAGUUUACAAAUCAGUUUUGUUCCCAACGUCUAGGAAAUCGCGUCUUUCAAAUCAUUAAAUUUUGUUAAGGAUUUCCUCACAGUAUAAAUUAUUAUAUCAAGUAAAAGUGUUUGUUAAGAGCUAGAAGUUUUAAAGAUGUUCCUGAUAAAUUAGGGUUCCUCUUACCAAAGUAGAAACAAAUCCUGAAUUAUUUUCAGUCGUACGUUGGCCACGUGUCUUUAGAGGAAGAAUCAUUGUCUGUUUAAGGGAGGAUAUUGUUCAGCCGGUUUCAUGAUAAGCAUUGUUUUAUCAAAGAUUAUGGUAGCUUAAUCACAUUGACUGCCAACUACUUCCUUUUUUUAAAAGAACUAUAUAUGGUACCUACGCGCAGAGUGGGAAGAAGGUUGGAGUUAUUGUGUAUGAAACCUUUAAUAGCCAUUUGGGUUUAAUUCACUCUUCUUACCAAGGAUUUGGAAUUAAUCAUUACCUUCCCUAGAAAUUGAACAUAUUGUGAAUUGGCUCGAUCACUAUGAUAGUAGGCUAAAAAAGAGUUUUUGGAGGAUCGAAACUUCCUUACAAAAGUACUUUGGAGUUCUCUCUGCGCCCAGAAAAUUUUGAAUCGUCCACCGUCUUCGAAAUAAAUCUUUCCCUGCUUUAUUUCCGACGAUCAAAUCAACUUCGAUCAUAGAUUUGGUGGUUUUUUUUUACUUUUCAAUUAUUAAAAUACGAACGUCCCAGAAAAAUCUCCCUGGUUUGCCUAUUUCCAGUUGACAAAGGCCGGUUCUCCAGCUUAUUAAUAAAUCAUAAGCUAGAACUUCAAACAACUCGUGGGUGAUAUGUCCGUUAUUUUAAUUAAAAGUGUUUAAAAAAAAGACACUAAGAGAUUAAUUUUUAUCAUGUCUUUUUCUCAGAUAAAUAUACAUGCUUAUGAAUUUGAUUCUCAAAAGUCUUUAAAACGUUGUCGUCCUCGAUACUUCAAAUUAUAUGGAUACAUCAUAAUACUUUUCGCUAAAUUUUUUAUUGUUCAACCAAAGCGACAUUUCUAAUUUACACCUGUAAAUCGUGUUCUCUUUCCUUUAUUCUUAACUAUAAACUCUUUCCCUUCUUUCCCCAUUGUUCUCGAACGAAUCAGUAGACAAAGGUUUCCUUGAAGACUGUCAAAUAAAACCGGAUAUCAUAAAGGCCGAUAACAUCGUCUGAAAAUUGUCUUUAUGAUCUGAUGUCAUAAAUAGCAAAUGCAACUGAGAAUUUUUCAUUGAAGAGUUGCCUAAGAUUCUUGUUGUUUAGGUUUAAAAUGUCGAGAUUAUUUCAAGUUGUAGCAAUCCUAGGCUUGGUUGUCUUUUUUUGGACGUUUGUAGCGAACGUAGAUGAAGAGAAAUUUGUCUCUCAUAAGUUUCGAAACAAAGGAGUCAAAAUGUUACAGCAUAGACCAUGGUAUUCUGGUAAACGUAGUGAUAAUAAUUUCUUUGACAAGGUAAGAUCUUCAGUCAGAAUUUACAAAGAUCAUUGUUUUAAAGUCAAAAACGACUGACUUACUGAACAUUGCCCAUAAUAACUCUCUAAACAUCCGUUUGUUUCGAGUAAGGCGAUCACUCUAUUCUGUUCACAAGCUAUUGAAGCACACUAAUACAGUUUGUUUCGUCUUGUAAGCCACUUCUCUUAAAACGAAACUUGGACAAAAAUGUGGGUAAGAUGGGCUUUGAAAUAAGAUCUCUAUUUAUUUUCAUUUCAGUCAUAAUUCUAAUGCUAUUGAUAACUUUCAAGGUCAGCUCAUUUUGUUAGAAGAAUGUCUUUACUAAAUUAAGUAAGCCAAGCUCUUCUAGGCGUCUAUAAAGUGGACCGCCAGAAUGGACGAAAACAUUUAUUGACUCACUUUAAAUUCUUUCUUAUCUCUUCACUUUUUAACUUUCAAAUGCACAAUACUCCAGUUGGAAAUGAUUUCAAAGACAGCAUUAAACAUUAUAAGAGAUAAUUUCUUUGAUAACGUGGACAAUUUGCUUUUGAGAGCCGGAUUUUCAGCAUCCACUCUGUCAUAUCAUUGACACCUGUAGUUCGCAUUCGCAAGGAUUUUUAUUAAUUUUCUUUGUUAUUUUGAGUAGUUGCUUUCCCAUUGAAACAUGAUCUUUUGUUAUAUAGCCGGAUGUUCAAUGGACAGAAGUUGAUAUUUAACAAUAUUUUGCGUAAUCGCGUUGGAUAUGAGAUGGCAAAUAACUAACGAGGCGCGAGGCGCCGAGUUGGCUCUAACCAAUCUCGAAUCUAAUAAGCGCGAAUGGAAUAACUUUCAUUAAAUCCUGAAAGUUUGGAUGAUCGGAGCUUUUUUCAGCAACCGCAACAGUUGGCGUAAUGCAUUUCUAUGUAAGGUGACUCGCAACAUGAGCUGAUAACCCGAUUACUCAACUCUGGCAGAGUUGAGUGAACCAAUCAGAACACCAGAAAUGAAUUAACCGGAGUUGAAAAUUUGAAAUUAACUUAUCAGUCGCUAUGAUGUGAAAAAUAUAAUAAUUUUUUUGGGGUUGGGGGAUCAAACGGUUUUUAGUAUAAAAGGGAACUUUAGGAAGUCCAAUUAACCGCCAAUAAACUUAUAAACUAAUUAAUUACACUAAAAAUAAAUACACGUGACUCUUGCCUAUUGCGUGGGAAAACACGUGCAAGAGGAAAUUUAAACGGUUUUUUAGAGUAUUAUCGUGUGACCUGAAAAGAGCACACAAAACACACAAGCUAUAGAGGUCUAUAAUAUCUAAAUAGAGUUUAUCUUAUUUUCUACACAGUUAUGGAACAGGCAAGAUAAAGACUUUGACCAACAACGGGGAAUUAAUUUGAAUGAGAGCUAACCAAGAAAAAACUCCACAGAAAGUUUUGUUCAAGAUGACCUCUUUCAGUAGUAGAUGACUUCAAAGUUAUAUAUAUUUUUUGGGAUUCGUUUUUCGUUACUUUAUAGUAGUCUUUUGCUUCACUGUACCAAACUCGGAGUUGCUGUAAAUUAGAAAUGUCAAUAAUUAAGGUUUUAAAAUUAAGCUACAUCACCCGUCUAGUUAGUUCGAAAAAUAACUUGUAAGCUACACGUGUUCAAGAUAAUGUUGAGCAGCAGUCUAUGAUAAAUUAAAACAGGUAGCUCAAAAAUGACAUGAUCAUAUCCAAUUAAAGUUCUCAGUCUGAGUUACUCAUGCA